CUAAAUCUUUUUAUGGUGACGACGUGGUGGUUAUCUACUGGACAGUGAUAAAUGCUUUUCUGAAGACAAAGUUGUUUUUAUCUAUGCGUGUCGCGUUCUUAGUUUAUCCACGUAUUAUGUUUGAAUAACCACAUAAAAACUUUUAUUUUUGUUUGGAGACCCUUUGUUUUUGCUUAUUUGUAACUUUGGAAGUUUUAGGAAUUAACGGUGGAUAGCGAAUAUGACAAAGCUACUUGGUGAAGAAUUAUCGUUUCAUAUAUUCUUUUUCUUUUAUAACUGCAGGCUUUGUGAAGUAGAGGAAUACCCUCUACAUGUUUUCAUUGGCUUUGCAUAUUUGACUUGACCAAUUUGAAAAUGGCACAUUUAGUACAAUCCUCAUUUUGCAAUCUCACCUUUAAUAUAGGAAAGUUGAGAGCGAAAGGAGGUGCCAAAAUCCAAAAAGUCAGAUUGAGAUCAUUUUGCUGUGAGCUAACUGAGGAUAAACGGAUAAGUGUGGUUAAGAAAGGGAAGGAUGUGCUAGAUAUAUGUAAGGUUGUGAAUGGGAUGUGGCAGGUAAGUGGGGGAUGGGGUAGAAUUGAUGUGGAAAAUGCAGUUGAUGCUAUGCUUUUUUAUGCAAAUGCUGGACUCACCACUUUUGACAUGGCCGAUAUAUAUGGGCCUGCUGAAGAUCUUUAUGGAAUCUUUAUCAAUCGAAUUCGUCGAGAGGGUCCACCAGAAUUACUGGAUAAGGUCAGAGGUCUCACUAAAUGGGUGCCUCCACCAGUUAAGAUGACAAGUAGUUAUGUCAGAGAGAGCAUCAAUGUAUCAAGAAGGAGAAUGGAUGUGCCUAGCUUGGACAUGCUUCAGUUUCACUGGUGGGAUUACUCUAAUCCAGGUUAUCUUGAUGCUCUAAAGCACCUUACAGAUCUGAAAGAAGAAGGUAAGAUAAAGACUGUUGCUUUGACAAAUUUUGAUACGGAAAGACUACGUAUAAUUCUGGAGAAUGGAAUUCCUGUUGUUAGUAAUCAGGUGCAACAUUCAAUUGUUGAUAUGCGUCCUCAACAGAGAAUGGCGGAGCUCUGUGAGCUUACAGGAGUCAAACUUAUAACGUAUGGCACAGUAAUGGGUGGUUUGUUAUCUGAGAAGUUCCUUGAUACCAACUUAGUCAUUCCUUUUGCUGGUCCCCCAUUAAACACUCCCUCCCUUCAAAAGUACAAAAGGAUGGUUGAUGCCUGGGGAGGAUGGAGUCAGUUCCAAGUUUUGCUUCAGACACUAAAAAGAAUAGCUACAAAACAUGGGGUGUCUAUCCCAGUUGUUGCUGUGAGAUAUGUACUAGACCAGCCUGCAGUAGCAGGGUCAAUGGUAGGAGUUAGACUUGGGUUGUCAGAACAUAUACAAGACACAAAUGCCAUAUUUUCACUUGCCCUCGAUGAAGACGAUGUGAAUAGUAUACAGGAAAUUUCCAAAAAGGGAAAGGAUUUGCUCAAAGUGAUAGGUGACUGUGGAGAUGAGUACAGGCGAUGAUCGUCAACUCAUCCUAUUCCUCUCAUCUUGUAUCCAUUAAUGAAUAUUGUGUAUCUGUCGUACAUGAGAUUUUAAUCAAAUCUUGUUCUCUUCAUACAGAA